AGGGAGGGACGGCCCUAGUAGCCAGGGGCCAAAUCGCUGGGGAGGUCUGCGGGAGCCAGGAGUCCGGCCGGGCCGGGGUCUGGUGGGCCUGCAGCCGGAGGGGCGUCCCCGGGGUGGCGCCAUAGACGCGGGCGGCAGGCCAGAGGGCGGCGCUGGGCAACCCCCGCGCAAGGGCGGAGCGGCAGCAGCCAGCCUCCCGGCCACCCGCGCCCGGCUCCAGUUCGUUGCUUUCCUCCGCCGGCCACCAUGCAACCGACGGCGGCGGCGCCCCGGGACCGACGGCCGCUGCCCUUCCUCCUCCUCCUCCUCCUCGUCGUCUCGGGCCCAGCCCGGGGGAACGAGGGGGGAGCUGCCGGGAGCUGCCGGUGCUCCAGAGAAGACACCGCUCCUUCGUUGGUCAGGAAAUUCAUUGACAGGCUGGUGUCCUGCGACAGCUGCCAAGACCUCUUCAGGUUCCACUUCCCCAGGAGGAAGGUCUGCGGCCUGAAGGAUGCGCCCUGGGCCAUUGAAUUCAGAAAUGCUCACUGCCCUAAAGGCUACCCAGAAGAGGAAGCCGGGCAGGCAGAUGCCAGCCGGGGGCAUCACCCACCUGCCCCCAGCCCCCAAGCAACGGGACCAGCUCCAUCCCCCCCCAGCUCAACUGCAGUCGGCCCAGGUGAGCUGCCCAGGGCUGCAGGCCCCCCCACAGAUGCGGCCUCAGUGCCCACAACGGCUGGGAGCACCGUGGACCCCAGUGCUGAGGCAGCUGCGAGGGGAGGCAGUCGGGCCCCCCUGGAGGAGAAAAGGGCGACCCCCCCUCCAGUCCGUGACGCCAAGACCCCCGUCAUUGUCCUGAUCUGCGUGGCUUUGCUGUCAUUUGGAGUCGCAGUGUUUGCGCUGUGCCGGUGGAGAGGGCGGCGGGGCAGGAGCCAGAGAGGGCACACCCCCCAGACUCCUCUCGAGGAAGAUGAGCCCUGCCUGCGCGGGGAGAAGACCUGAAGUGGCCCCUGCGGAAGCGGUCGGGAUCAGAAGACUUUGGCCCAGAGGGCAGCAGACCCGAGUGCGAACUCCUGCCAUGGGAGACAGGCCUCUUGCAGAGGGGCGGCUGCUUUCGUCUGUUACAGCGGCAUCAAAACGUCAGGCGGUACUUAAAAGACCUGUGGAUUUUGGCGGCUGAGUGCACCUGUCUGAGCAGCGCCUCUUCACGCCUCUCUCGAAAGAAACCUUCCCCAAACCAGCUCUUCCGGGGCUGGUGUGUUUCUGAGGACUCCUUGUGGUAGCCCUGCACGGCCCCCAGCAUGCUGGGUGUGGGGGGGGGGGUGGGGGCUUGGCGGUCUCCACUCUCGGCCUUGUCCUUGGGGCCGCAGCUCUGGCGCGCCACAAUAAACAGACCUCCUUUUUGGCGGAAGGAGGGUGACGUGAUUUCGCGCCUGUGGAAUUUCCCAGGAUAAGGAGGAGGAAGUGCGGUCUGCUUUCAGUUUCUCAGGUUAGCUGCUUGUAGCCUCAAGGCUGAAACCAUGCUGCCCCCACCCCCACCCCCCUCCUUCCUCAGUGAUGUCAUGGUUUCUCCCCACCCCCUUGACUCAGCCAGCACAAAAGGGGGAAAUGCACGGAGGAGGCUGUGAAGUCCUGCAGCCCGUUCCUGCUGCGACCAGCCGGAGGUUUCUCGCAAAGAAAGUGUGUGUGUGUGUGUGUGUGUGGGGGGGGGGGGCAAUGAGCCCUGCCAGGUCUUGGGGGGGGGGGCUUGACUCAUCCGACUGCCCAGAGCGUAAGAGAAGGCAGCUCAGCACUGCAGCAGGCCAAAUCCUGGCUCUCCGAUUGGGGAAGUCCAGCUGGCGUUGCGUCAGGGGAGACAGUGGGGGGACUUCCUCUGCAUGGGCUCCCAGGGGGCUGCCGGGCCCUGAAUGAAGAAGCCACCAGCAGGAACUCACCACAGUAUCUUGUGCAACACCUGGGGGGGCAAAACAUGAAUUCUGGACACCUCUGAAGAAGUCGUGCCACCAAAAUCUUUAAUGCAACAUUUGUCAACAUAGAGUUGACCACAUCUAAUUUUGGGCUGAGAAUCCUCCUUUGCUCCCAGCAGGUUCUGGGGUGGCGCCAGCAGGGGGGACAAAGGGAGGCCCUUGAGGGUGGGGGUCACCCUGCCGGACACCUCCCUGGGAAUUCGCUGUCUUUCCUCACACUGGGUCUGGCUGGGAACUGCUGCCUGUUGCGGUUUGGCCUGUAGCCGGGAAAGAAAGAAGGGGGCUUGGCAGCCUCUUGAAAGGGGGUGGGGGAUGAACAGCAGAAAGCGGGUGUGUGUGACAGGGCCGGGCCGGAAAGGGGACCUGCUGAGCUGAGGCUAGAAGGGACUCCUCAUGAGGAAAGCCCUGAGGCGCAGCUGGAAGCGAAAGGGUGCUCAGACAGCUCCAGGCAGAGGCCGUUUGGAGACAGGGUGGCCGAGCCAAGGGGUUUGUUACGGCUGCAGCGGGACUCGUGGGGGGUGUGGUGGGAAGUCAGGGAAGGGUCAAAAUAGCCAUUUCUGUGCACCAAAUGUAAAUGAUAUCUGACAGAACCAUUCGGAGACUCUGGCGUGUUUGAGGGUACCAGAUGGACGGUGGCCUCCACAGGCUGUCUGGGAAGGUGUCUGAUCCUUCCAAGAGGGGUGGGGGACGAGUUUCUGAGGGUGCAGCCAACUCCCUGUUCAAGAACCCCCAGGCCCGGAGUGCUACAGUCCCCCACUGCCCUGUGUCGUUUCCUGGUGCCUCCACGUGCCCACGUCCUACUUCUUGGGCACCAAGCAGCGCCUCUGCCCACAGACGAGGGGGGUGCUGCCUCCGUGGGCACCAUGUGGGAGGAUCCUGUUCCAGGCAGUCUCCCCCUCCCCCGAAGAACCCCUCAGGUGUAGCUCCACCUGGAGCAGGUGAAGGCCAGAAAGGUGAACAAAGCCUCAAGUGGGGUGGAGGGCUGUACCCCACAGAUGCUUCCUUCAGCCCUCUUUAAUGCCUUCUGGCAGCAUCCAACCUUAGGAAGAGCUCCGGUGCCUUUGCCAGCUUGGGCAUCGUGUCACAUUUGGUCAGGAUUGGGAUUCUGUCACUUAUCUUAUAAACCUUUCUCUAUCCAUCACUGAUAUGACCUGAAUCCUAGUAGGACCACCAUGAGAAUGAUUCUGUAUGAAAACUGGUCAAGUAUCGCCACUUUGAUGACUAAUCAUAACAGUACGAACGCAAAAGAAUAUAUACACUGAGGAAGAUUAUUCUUUCGAAAACGCUCUACAGUGUGCCAGCGUUCGAAAGGGCUUGUCUUCUCCAACACGUCUAAUUUACGAUCUUCUUCGGACGGUUGGUAAGCGACCGGCUCCCACAUCCCUACGUGAUUUACCUACACCAUCAGGAACUGACUUUUGAAACAUUGCCUCUACUCAUGAAUGGUCUCCUAUCUGUGGGAUUUAUGAAUGAACUUGAUUCCAGUGCUAUUCUAUUCAUGUAUAAGAAUGUAUUUAUAAUACUAUUAAUGCAUUUAGGCUUGUCAUUCAUGCUAUAAAUCAGUUUGUUGUA